GAUUAAAUUAGAAUUACAAAAGUCUUUCAUUUGUUUCUGGUUUGGAUAAUUUCUUAUUUGUUUUCCCUUCUCUUAUGUCAUGGUUGCUUGAAUAACGAAUGAGUGUUAUAGAAAACCAUGUCAAUCAACUCAAUUGGAGGGUUGGAAACUUGGAGUAUGCAUUGAAAGAAGUGAAGGACCUCAUAAUUAAGUCGAUGAAAACAGGGGAUGGUAAUCGAGGAUGUUCCCCGAGUUCCCCAUUCUUUAUCAACGACGAUAGCCUAAAGGGUAAUCGAGGAUGUUCUCCGGAUUCCCCAUUCUCUAUCAACGAUAACAGCCUAAAGGGUAAUCGAGGACAUUCUCCGUUCUUAACUCCAGUCGGGAAUUCUGUGAAAAGGAAAUUGAUUAUUGACCAGGAUGAAAGCGGAGUAGUCCCGGAUGAUGAUGAUGAUGGUCCAACAAUCAACAUUAGAGAUAUUCGCUUCACGGCAUCCCAGUUCCCUGAUGGGAUGGACACUUUAAUGGAAUUCCCAAUUCUUGAUGUGGUCAAUAAAAAGAAAAAAGAUCCUGUGACGAGUUCGGUGGAAAAGAAAACAACCGAGAAGGCUCCAACUAAGAAGAGUCCUGACAAUACAGGCGGCAUAACGUACGAUGCUAAUCAGCCAGAGAGAAAAAUUACAAAAAGAAGAGGAACUCGUCUUUGUAACAAAGAUAAACAACUGGAAGAGGAGACUAAUGUUGGUUCAGAGCAAUCAGGAGAAAAUGAAGUCAUUAUGGAACGUGUACCUCCAGAAAAACCAAACAGGGGCAGACCGCCCAAAAGUCCUGCAGUUAUGAAGGAAGGUCUACCUCUAGAAAAACCAAAGAGGGGAAGACCACCAAAAAGUCCUGGUGUUAUUAACCCUAGAGAGGAGGUAUAUCCCUGUUUUAUUUUCACAGUUAGGGAUGCUAAUGAGCCGAGUCGAGCUCGAGUUUGGCUAAGCUCGACUCGAACUCGAAAACUCAUAGUUAAACUCGACUCGACUCGAAAACUCGCGAGCUUAAAGUUUUCAAACUCGACUCGAACUCGAAAACUAAACCCGAGCUCGAACUCGACUCGAAAUCGGCUCAAAAUCAGCUCGAAAACUCAAAGCCGAGCUCAAAAACUAAACUCAAGCUCGAACUCGGCUUGAACUCGACUCGAAGUCGGCUCGAAAACACAAGCACUCAAGCUAAAACUCGACUCGUAAUCGAUUUGAAAACCCAAAAUUGAGCUUAAAUUCGACUUAAAUUAAAUUUAAAUCUUAUAAAAAGUAAGUUUAUACCCCAAAUCAAUAUAUCCAUUAGCCCAAAUGAAAGCCCAAUGGAAGUGAUUUGUACACUUUCAUACUCAAAGAGUAAUACUUAUAACCCUUUUCCCCUUUCCUCCCUCACUUAUUUACCAAUGUGGGACAAAGUUAAUAUAAUAUUUUCUUCUUUCCUCCCCCACUUAUUUACCCAUGUGGGACAAAAUUAAUAUACUUAUUUCCUUCUUUCCUCCCUUGUUUAUGUACCAACGUUGGAGUAACGGUAGAAGACAUUUUGACUGCCAAAUAGUGUAAUCCAUAUAGCCGAAUUACAUUUUUUUUUGUCCUUAAUAACUUAUUCAUCCAUUUUAGGAAGAAAAAAAAUAUUUUUAUUAAAGAAUUAAAAAACAUAAAAUGAUGAAUAAAAAUGAUAAAAUAAAACAUUUAUAUUUUUAUAACAGUUUUUAUUAUGUAUAUAUAAUUCGAGCUUCUCGAGCUUUUCGAGUCGAGUAUCAAGUUGCUCGACUCGACUCGUUAAAUUUUCGAGUCGAUCUCGAGCUCGAGUCGAGCUGAUUCGAGUCGAGUUUUGACCGAGCUUUGACCGAGUCGGGUUCGAGUAGCUCGCGAGUUCGGGGAGCUCAUAAGCACCCCUAUUCACAGUAAACGUUGUGAUUUUUUCUUGUAAUUUUGAUCACCACCUAAUAGAUAAGGAACACUGUUUGGCCAUUGGAUGUGCUUCUUUUUGAGUUGUGCGGGAUGGGCCACGACUUAGUGAAGUAUUCUCAUCACCCCAGGUAGAUUUGAGAGAUCCAGAUAUGGUAAUAUCCGUGAACGUACUUGGUCAUCACCUAGAGAAUGUGGAUUUUUUUUAACAGUCUCUUUUUAUACGCUUUAAUUGGGACAACAACAAUGAUGUGCAGGAAGCAUCAUCUCCCAUUCAAACUUUGCAACGAAUGAAGCAGGUGAACCAGGUUAUUCAUACAAGUGAUCACACCAACAUAUCAGCGGAAGGCCCAAGUCCUAUCUACCUAGACUGCUUGAGUUCCCUAACUCCAUUGGAAAGACAAAUAUGCCAACAUAUAGCUCGAGAGAACACCGGCUACCCUGCAUACUGGCCCCCAGGUUACCAAAUGUACCUCACAUUUGGAGAAUCGCAUGUUGUGUACCCAGACUCAAGAGUUACAGGCCACAUACGUAUUACUAUUGGCGUUGAAUAAUCUAAUAGUAUCAAAUUGUUUGUUAACACAAUUUUUUAAUUGCAGUUUAUUGACAUGUACUUGUAUGAUCUGGAACGUCGCGCACCGCAUGAAGGGAAUACGAAGUUGAUUUUGCCGACUUUAUUCCAGGCUGUUGUUCUGAAAAAUGAUGUACGUAACGCGUAUGUGGCUAACGAAAACUUAAUUCAACAUGCUUGGGAACGUACCGCUUCAUAUCUACCUGAUGAUUUGACCCAGAUUAGCACGUUUUAUACAAUUGUUCAAUGCCGUUCCUUAAAUUACAACUAGUUAUUGUAAUAAUUUUGUUUGUUUGGUGAUUGUAGGUGUACAUUCCUGCAUAUGAUUUUCAAAAUGAAUCCUGUGAGCAUUGGUUUUUGUUGGUCGUCAAAAUACAUGAUAAAGAGGUGUGGAUUAUGGAUUCUAUUGGUGUUUCGAGUUCACGAUUCACUCUCGCAUUAGAUCUGAUAAGGAAGGCGUCAGAAGUAUUCAAGAAUCAUAGGUUGAAUGCAGUUUUUCAAGAUGUUGCACACUUUUCUUAUAAUAAACCUCAAUGCAAGAUCCAACCGAACGGACAUGAUUGUGGCAUGUAUGUAAUCAAGUAUAUCGAAGAUGGAAACGUUCAUGAUAUACCUAACAUAUCCUAUACGCCAAAUUGCAGACGGCCGAGAUGCUGGUGGAACGACUAAAAUGUUUGGCCAAGCUCGUCUCAAGUAAGUUCAAUGAUCGCGCCAUUGUCGAACGAUUGUCUUCUGAAGUUUUCAAGUAAUUCCAGUUCGCGAGUAAGAAAAAUUUGACGUACAUGUAUAUUUUGGACAGCAACGUAGCAUGUCAUACUGUAACCGUUUUGGAAUGAUAGUUAAACCGAAACCUUUUGGAUCCAUAGUUAGAUUAAUGAUACCUUUUGGAAUGCAACGUCCUUGUAUGAUUUGGAAACAAUGUAAACAAAGUAACUUACUGAUCAAUUUAAUAGUAGCCAAGUACAUGUUAAUGUU